AUAAUAAUCAAAGUUUAUUUUUAUUUGUAUGAAGAAAAGUGUGUGCAUUAAAAUUUCAUGUAGGGCUCUUUGGAUAAAGUACUCGAAUAAAAUAUUUUUAUUGCUACUAAAGAGAUACGGUGAAGAUUAAUAACAUGUCAAGUUUACAGAAAUCCAUGAUGCGUGCUCAUUUACCUCCAUGUGUGCCGGUUGCAGCCAGAAGCGGUGGUAAUCGAAGAGGUCGUCAAAAAGAUUACGUCCCGACGAUGUGGGAUGAACAUUUUGAAGAAAAGGAAGAUGUCACCUUCGGUAGUAAUCAAACAUUUCGUGUGUACUUCUCGAAGAGAGACAAGGAGAACCAGAAGCCAUUGCUUGUACUCUUGCAUGGAGGUGGAUAUUCGGCACUCACCUGGGCACAUUUUACGACCGAGAUUACAGCGAUUAUAAACUGUCAAUGUCUGGCGAUUGAUUUAAGAGGUCAUGGUGAUACGCAUGUCGAAAAUGAAUCGGAUCUAUCGGCUAAUACACUUGCCAAUGAUGUUGGUGAGAUUAUCACAAAAUUGUAUCCUGAUACAUCUCCGCCAAUAAUGCUAAUCGGCCACAGUAUGGGAGGUGCCAUAUGCGUUCAUAUCGCUUCACUGUAUCUGAUACCAUCAUUGAUUGGGUGCGUGGUUAUCGAUGUAGUUGAGGGAACUGCUAUGGAGGCUUUGGCGAGUAUGCAAAGCUUCUUGCGUUCGCGUCCAAAAUACUUCAAAAGCAUUCAACAGGCAAUCGAAUGGAGUAUUCGUAGCGGCCAAAUUCGUAAUUCUGCAUCGGCUAAAGUGUCGAUGCCUGGCCAAAUCCUGAAUAUACAAACAGGGAAACUAGCCACAAAUGAACUACCUCUGCCGGAUGCACAAGAUGAUACAAGCUCAAGCAAUGCACCUAACUCUACCUCAGUAUUUAGUCACUCGACCAUUGCUGAAGAUGAAGAAGUUGAAAACUCAAAUGCACCACAGCCAGAAACGCAGAAUCAUCAGGCAUCGCCAAGCGAAAAAAAGUACACCUGGCGAAUUGAUCUCUCGAAAUCGGAACAGUAUUGGGCUGGCUGGUUUGAAAACUUGAGCCUCAAAUUUUUGGAUCUUCCCGUACCGAAAUUGUUGCUGUUGGCAAGCAUCGAUGGAUUGGACAGAGCACUUACCGUCGGCCAAAUGCAGGGCAAAUUUCAGCUUCAAGUACUCGCUCGUUGUGGACAUGCUGUGCAUGAGGAUCGUCCGCAUGAAGUGGCUGAAGUGAUUGCUGGUUAUAUGAUUCGUAAUAAAUUUGCCGAAGCAUCUGCAGAUUUUACGAAGCACUCGCCGUGCUGUUAGUUCCCGGAAUAUUCUGUCACCUCUUUUUCUACGUAGAUUUCCUUUAAGAUUUCUCACCCUGUGUAGUUUCUCAGCUGAUUUUUUUUAAAUUUAUGAUCUAAUUAUUAUGGUUUUUUUUUUAAAAGAAAGAUUUGAAGAUUUCAAUAAAUAACUUACUAACUUCAUAUCAACA